AUGGGGGCCAAUGUGCCAGCAGCGGAUCUCAGCUGUGCCAGUGUCCAGAGGGAUUCCAGGGCCUACACUGCCAGGGUGCAGGAAGCGGGGGGCAAGAAAGGGAUGUGUACCCCCAAUACUAGGGAUGUUAAUGAGUGCACAGCUGACAAUGGCGGCUGCGAAGGACAAUGCUGCAACACCAUUGGCAGCUUCUACUGCAAGUGCCCUAAGGGUAUGAGGCUCAGCCAGGAUGGAAAGGCCUGUGAGGAUGAGAAUGAGUGUUUGGAACUGAAUGGGGGCUGUCAGCAGAACUGUGUGAACAGUGCAGGCUCUUUCCUCUGUGAAUGUAGCAUGGGAUUCCGCUUAAACACAGACGGACGAAGCUGCGUUGGUGAGUGA